GUUAAAAAAAUUUUACUUGGCAACCCUGACCAAUGCGGAUAUCCCGUACGGGUGCCAGUUAAAGACUUCCAGCAGCAGCAGCGUGAAGUGUCAGUCUCUCUCUCUCUACAAGAACAUGUCAGUGGUGCAGAUCAACAAGACGUGCGAUGGACUUUUAAAUGAUAAGAAAUACUACUACUUUGUGAAUUCUUCAAAAACGGAUGGCUGUGAUCACAUCUGGAAAGCACCGAAUGGGACGGUGCUGAAAUAUGGAGACGUUCUGACUCUUGAUAACUGUGUGAAUGGAAUUCGCCACAUUACGAGAUGCUUCGAAAAAACAGGCGAGAUAAAGCACAUUUUUAAUGUUUUCAGCACCUCACCUUCUACCGUUGUAGCUCCAUAUGAAAGCGGAAACUCCACACAGACUCAUGACUCUGAUCCAAACCUUCUAUGGCUAAUUCUUAUCGGACUCAUUCUGAUUCUUCUUGUCCUGGGGUUUAUUGAAUGGAGGUGGAAAGUUUUGACGAGAUUGAAGGAUCGCUGCUGUCAACACACGGACAAGGAACCCCGCAUGGACUCUGACAAUGUGAACCAUGAUGAGCAUAAGAAUGGAGGGGUUGUGAACGGAGAGGCCAUUCCGCUUAAAAACGUCAAUAACAAUGUGAACCCUGACGUUGGGAAACAAGAGGAGAAUAUAAAUAAUGUUCAUCAUGAAGAGGCUCAGCCACUCCAAAUACCUGCUGAUGAAUCCAGAGUAUCCUAGCGGGAGAGAGAAUCACUGUUCUAGCUUCAGCACUUUCAUCCUUCCUGUUUGUGUAUUACUUUUAUUUAUACCUGCACUUUCACUCCACUGUUUUCAAUUUAAAUAUUAUACACAAAUAGAUGCCUUUCGAAAAAUUCCAGCUGUUUGAUUCUAGCAACAAAUGCCAAAUUUUUUAUCAUGUCCGAGCAAUCGUUUUAUAUAUUUCUAGCCUUUUUAUACCCUGUAGCAAAAUGACAUCUUUAUUGCAAUAUCCUGCCAAAGGAAAAACUCCAUCUGUGAAAACUAAAGCACCAAAAAUCAUUAUAUACAAAAUCAUUACACAUUCUUCUGCACUUUUAUUCUACUCUGCCCUUUUUUUGUCUUUUUUUGUCAGUGUUCCUGCCUCUGUCUAUUUUUAUUUCUUAAGGUCUCUGUUUACUGUAACAAACCAUUAUGUACUAGCAUUAUUUAUCUAUUAUAUUAUUUAUUUUUUCUAAUAAGUAUUAUAAAAAAAAAAUUAUUUAUGUGUUUUGGGUAAUUUUGUCCUCGGUCUUCCUUUCUUUUUUUCAAAAAAAUAUAUGAAUUCUUACCCUAAA